AUGCAGGUGCUCGGACCAUUCAUCGCGUGUCUUUCCCUUCCUGGACUGGCGACUACGCCACUGACCGCACCUUCAUAUUUACCAAUCCAUCUCAGCGUGGAUGUAUCAGGCGCUCGUCAACGAGCUACUGCCAUCGCUUCACCCGUCUUUGGAACGACACACUCGUCCUUGGAUUAUCUGCCCCUCGCCACAGAAUGGGAAGCCCCAUCGCAUCCAACAUCACUACUAGGGCCAGCUAUAAAACAGGAGCAGCCACCAGUGGCACUUUGUGGGCUUGGCGGCUUUGCCACUGCGCAGGCCACUAAUCCUUUCGUCUUCGUAAUGCAGGUGCUCGGACCAUUCAUCGCGUGUCUUUUCCUUCCUGGACUGGCGACUACGCCACUGACCGCACCUUCAUAUUUACCAAUCCAUCUCAGCGUGGAUGUAUCAGGCGCUCGUCAACGAGCCACUUCCAUCGCUUCACCCGUCUUUGGAACGACACACUCGUCCUUGGAUUAUCUGCCCCUCGCCACAGAAUGGGAAGCCCCAUCGCAUCCAACAUCACUACUAGGGCCAGCUAUAAAACAAGAGCAGCCACCAGUGGCACUUUGUGGGCUUGGCAGCUUUGCCACUGCGCAGGCCACUAAUCCUUUCGUCAUCGUAAUGCAGGUUGGUGAACGUUUCAGCCUCUUUGCCAAAAAGUCUAACAACUACUUCUUAGUACAGCUGCCAAGCCCACAGUGCCUUAACGCUGUUCUUGCUGAUUAUUUUCAUGUCGUUUUUUCGCUGUUACUCCUACUUUCCGGUGAUAUAGAAAUUAACCCCGGUCCGGAUACUGCAGCUAUCCUCGCAGAGCUAAAGAAGAUAUCUACUGGCCAGUCCAAGCUUAUUUCUGAAGUUCAAGAUCUAAAAUCUCAGUUAUUAGCGACAGACAGAAAUGUAUCUGACCUAGGCAAACGUAUGACUGAACUUGAGAGCCAUUACGAAAGCCUUGUAACACUUAAAACACACACAGAAGUUCUCCGCGCCGACGCAACUAAAGCUACUCGCUUAAUUUCAAAACUAGAGGCACGUUUUGAUGAUGCGGAAAACCGAACGCGACGGAACAACUUGGUAUUCUACGGACUCCCUGAAACUACACCUGAAUCGUACGCACAAUCAGAACAACUUAUCAUUAAACAUUGCCGCGAGCAUUUAGAUGUACACAUCGACACAAAAGAGAUAGAGCGCGCCCAUUGUCUCGGACGUCAUUCGAACGACAAACCCCGUCCAAUAAUAACAAAAUUAACAUUUUUCAAAACAAAAGAAACUGUCCUGUCGAGCGCCCGGAAACUAAAAGGUACCAAUUAUAGUAUUGGCGAAGAUUUUUCUCGUGCAGUUCGAAUUGCUCGCAGCCAGCUCGUUGCAUUUGCCAGAAAGCAAUCUGCCCCAUUUAAUCUGCGCUACAAAACCCUGCACAUCGGACAGAAGCGCUACGUGUUUGAUAGCGUGUCUGAAUCUGUAAGAGAAGUGUUAUAG